GAAGGUCUUCUUACUGUUGGGGGGGAUGAACUAAAGGAGUUUCGUGACAGAGCCGCCCUUUUGGAGCUUCCAAAGUUCAAACCCCUGUUCCUGACUUUCAACGCGUUGACAAAUUCUCCUGCUUUGCCUUCAUUAUUCAGAAAGCACAGCACUUUCCGAGCCUUUUCUUGUUUCUCUCAAAAGGGUUCUUUUCUUCGACCUCUGCUUCAUCGCUUGCGUGCAGAAAAGGGCAUGCGCAUCCAGGGAUCCGAUUCAUAUUUGAAGGAACGGAACAUGAUGGCUAACCAAUCCGGCGUCGACAGUCACGGACAAAGGACAACACAAUCUAGGGGACUAUUCCAAUUUGCUUUGGCCAUGGCAUUUGGCAUCUGGCUGCUCUUUCAGAUCAAUCAUCAAUUCGACAAUCAAAGACAUCACCAGAACAAGGAGAACAUGAGCAUCCAGGACUCGGCUGCACUUCUUUUAGGCCGUAAGGUGAAUCCCGGGUUCAUGGUGGGAGGUCUUGUACACUCUUACCGCGGCGACAAUGAUAUAGCUGGCAAUAGCGAAAAGAUUAAGAAGCUGAUGAGAGAGGCACGGGAGGGUCUGAUUGGUGAAGGGAGCGUCGGUUUUGCGUUGAUUGUAGAAAGAACCGGCGAUGGCGAAGUUCAGGAUGGAGGGGCAGUGACUUACAAAGGCAAUGUCUUUGAGGAUGAGAAUGGGGUACCGCCCGAUGUGAGCGGUGUGUAUUUGAUGAAAUCAGAAGAGGACAGCCGAAAUGUGUCUGCAGGACUUGGCGCGCUAUGACAUCGCGCCACAAGAAACCGGAUGAAACGAGACGAUCCACUGCAGAAGCAACGGACUCCAGAGAUGAUCUUCGCCAUAUCCGGAUGCCGAAAAAAUAAUCUAUAAUGGGGAUUGGUCUCGAUAAGUCGGUAUGUAAUAAAAGGUACUUAGAGAUAGAGAAGCUUUAACUCAAACGGCCAAAGGUCCUCUCCACCACAGCCUUCUUCUUUUCUGACAUGAUGGAAGUUGUAGUGCGCAUGUAUGGAGACCGGACUGAAAGAAAUUAAGUAUAUAUGUUCAAACUCUAAA